CCCUAAUACUCCGUCGUACCCAGCAACUUUCUUUAUUUAAAAAAAAACAAAACAAAAAAAAACUGAAUCCCUACUGACAAAUAAAGCUACAAUGCUGAUUUACUCAGAACUGGUAAGACUUUUAUCACUCUUAUUUGAGCCCGAAACAUAUAUGUUCAUGGUUGCAGGGUGGUUGAGGGGGAACUCUACAAAGGCCCUGACCCAGUGUGGGUCCAGCCCUGAACCAGUGUGGUACCGGCCCUGGCUCAUCAGUGGGACAGAGCAGAGCAGAACAGUAGAGGUAGGCGGAGAGGCGCCUGCAGGACUCUGGAGGACCGUUGCUUCUCCUUCCCCGCCCCCGGUAGCCUACAUUCAUUCAUCCAUUCAUCCACCACGAUACUCCCUCCAUCUCUCCUGCUGACAUUGCUGCAACAUGUGAAACACAACUCGUGAGAGUCUCGACGAGGUGUUGUUGGCGCUGCAGUAGUUCUUUGUGGGAUUAUAACCGGAGGAGACUGAAACUCUACAGAAGGAGCUCCAUACAGUCCCUGCACCGCGGAUAAGAUGAGCAGCGUCCUCCUCUCCCUGCACGUGCUGCUACUGUGCGGGUUCCUCAGGGCGCAGCAACAGCAGCAGCUGCUGCUGCCCGGGUCCUGCAACUUUGAGCUGGGCACCUGUGGCUACACAUCAGAACCAGCGUAUGGCAGCUGGAGCAUGAAUGAAGAAGGGCAUUUGAUAACAGUGGACUCAGCCCUCUUAAAGGACCAGGAGCAGGCGGUUCUUGUCAGUCCAGUUCUGGAGCAGCACGACUGGAGCUGUGUGAGGCUGGUGUACCAGAUCACUGGACUGGGUUCCCUGCAGCUCCACCUCAGACCAGAUGGGGAUAACUUUGACUACCGAUUGUGGACUGCCAACAAAGCCUCUGACAGCUGGCUCAUUGCUAGUGUGGACAUAGCAAACACCACAAUCCCCUACCAGCUUUUGCUGGAGGGUCGACCUGAACGUGGCUUGGGGAACAGCGUGGCCAUCUUUGAAAUUCACAUAGUUCCUGGUUACUGUAUAGAGUGUAAUUUUGAGGAGCAUCACCUGUGCAGCUACAGCAACAGCUGGAACCCAAAUGUCAACUGGUACGUUGGGGGGAGUGUGGCUAGAGAGCCUGAGUCGAACCUGCUUGUACACCACCCCAGCGAUAACCAGAGAGGCCACUACAUGUAUGUGGACUCUGUGUACGCCAAGCACUUCCAGGAAGUAGCCAAGCUGACCUCACCCAUGACCACGGUGCCCAUCGCCGGCUGCCUGUCCUUCUACUACCACCGAGACCAGGAGAGGGGAAACAUCUUUUCACUUUUCACCAGAGACCAACUGGGCCACUAUGAGGAGAUCUGGAGGCCAGGGGUGUAUGCUACCGCCGGCUGGAGACUGGUCUACGUUGAUAUCAAGGCCCCACACCCCCUGGAGGUGGUGUUUGAGGUGGCUUUUAACAGUGCCAGAGGUGGGUACGUGGCCAUAGAUGACAUCUCCUUUUCUCCUGAGUUCUGCCACACUGACACAGAGCCAACCGUUGACCCCUCCAUAGCCAACUGUGACUUUGAGAAUGGGCUGUGUCUGUACUAUCACGAGAGAACGGAGACUAAAGAGUGGAGCAGAGUUUCAGUGAAGCCUAAUGCCUACAGGAUAGGAGACCAUACCACAGGAUCAGGCUGUUUCCUUCUGGCAAACACUCAUUUCUCUUCGAGGCCCGGCUAUGUGGGUCGGCUUCAUGGUCCCUUUUUACCAGGGAACCACAAAUACUGCCUGAGGUUCUACUACCUGCUUCAUGGAUUUAGGAAAGCAGACAAUGCUCUGGUUCUUUACAUUUAUGACGAGAACAACGUGGCCCAGGAGAAGGUGUGGAGCCUGCAUGACACCACCAGGGCUGUAUGGACCCAGGUGGAGAUCACCUACAUGAAGCCCAUGCUGUCCAAGGUAGUGUUUGUCAGUAUAUGUAAGAACUUCUGGGAAUGUGGCCUGGCAGCCAUCGACGACAUCACUGUCAGCCUCGGGGACUGUCAAGUCACAGCAGGCUCCCUCCCAGGCCAGUGUAACUUUGAAAGUGGAGUCUGUGGCUACAUCCAGGAUAAGAAAGAAGACAAAGCCGACUGGCUGCGAGUCCGAGGACACACCCCCACCUCCUAUACAGGACCCAGGGGAGAUCACACUACUGGGGUGGGUUACUUCAUGUACAUCGAGGCGUCACUGAUGCGUCCGGGUCACAAAGCUCGACUGCUGACCUCUGACCUGCGGGGUUCCUCGUCCCCUCAGUGUCUGAUCUUCUACUACCACAUGUACGGAUCCGGCACCGGCAUACUGAGCGUGCUCCUGCACCGAGGCGGCAGCAGAGAGCAGGACACGUUGCUGUGGAGACGCCGCGGUGAGCAGAGCGUCAGCUGGAUGAGGGCGAUGGUGGACUACCACUGUGAUGUGCGACACCAGAUUAUAUUUGAAGCCAUCCGAGGCCCAACACUACGAAGUGAUAUCGCUAUUGAUGACAUCCAUUUUAAAAGGGGACCAUGUGAAGAUCCCGGUGACAUCACUCCAUACUCAGGCUUCUCAGAGUAUUUCAAUGAGAUUGAGAACUGAGGCUGGCGGGACGUCUUUCUGUAUAAAUGCUUGGUAGUCUUUUCAGAGUUGGGCUGGGUGGCUUUCAGAAGUGUGAAUGUGAACAAUCCACUAAGACAAUUUACAAAGUUGUAGAGCAAUGCUUAUGUUGCAGCAAGGACCUCCACCACACUGUACUGCUGUCUUUCUUCACGUCCCAGUCCAGCAAAUUUCAAUGUUUGUGCUUUAGUUCUUAGUGUUUCUCUGAUCACAGUUCAAGAUAAUGGAAUUGGAUUACACACUGACGAGUGCUGGUGAUUUCUCCUUGUGACAACAUUACAUCUCACAACAUCGCACCUCAUCUCAUGACACUCAGAUACACAACCACAAUCCAGUGUAAAGGCCUGUUGACACUAUGCACGAAAAGUCGCAUAAAUAUUUGCCGUAGGUCAAUGAAAAUAGCUAUUUCAGUUACAAAGCACUACUGCUCUGCCAUUUUCAUUUUUUGUUAUAUAAUAAACCAACACAUCCAUGAAGUCUUUGCCCAGCUGCUUUUGAGUUGAAACUAAUGAGCCAGGACACUCGCUUAAAAAACAAACCUGACAUGUAGCUUUCUUUGGUCCUUUCGUUGGGGUGACAUACUACAUUACAUUUGACACCAUUAGCAAGAUACCUGGAUAAUAAAGGGCAUUUUUGAUACAGAUGGGCUCAAGACACAGAUUCUGACAGUGUGAACAUAGAGCCGUAUAUAAGACACAACUUAAAGUCAAGUAAAGUAAUCCAGUGAUUUCAUAUUGCGAUUCCAUAAAGUUGAAAGGCUUGCAAGUGACUAAAAAAAAAGAAUGGUCAUAGUCCAGUAUGAGUCAAACUCCCACAGUGCCCAUAAUUCAGCUCAGUGGUAUAUUUUCAUUAAACCCUUCCUGUCUGGUAAACAGCGACAUCUUUUAAACUCCAGGCCCCCCAGUUUGUAAUGCAGGCUUUGAUUAUAAAUGCUUCGUCUCCAAGCCCAAGCUGAGCUACUCAUCUUUUGUUGGCACAUUGCUGUGCUUAUUGGUGUGUUACUGCCACCUGUUGAUCAGUGGGAUAAUGUUUGUCCAUUGGCAGGAAUGCAUCUGCAAAUGAUGCAAAUCAAACAAAACGUAGAAAAAAAUUGCUCCGUAGCAGACUCCACUGGAUACCUUUAAGUGAUGUCACUCAAGUGAUUUUAUACAUGACAGUUUGAGGCACAAAACUACACCU